AUGAUGACAGUUGAAAGAAUUUACAAAGCUAAAGAAUAUGAUGAAGCUUUCCUGGGAGAAUAUUCGAGAGAGCGAGGCCAUGCUGCGGCUCUGACAUGUGCAACUGGAAAAGGUCAGGGUUUGAGAGUGUUGGCUAUGUCGAAGGCCGACAUGUUAGGAAGUGCAAACAAUGCAACAGAGAAGAGUCGUUAA